AUGUACCAUGACCGCUACAAAGAAAUCAUGCGGUAUUUGCGGUUUGACAACAAAGACACCCGUGCUGAACGUGUGAAGACCGACAGAUUCGCUGCAGUUUCGGACAUCUGGCAACGUUUCAUAUGUAACUGUCAUCUGUGUUACGUACCGGGACAACACAUUACUGUCGACGAGCAGCUGUUUCCCACCAAGGUCCGCUGUCCAUUCACGCAGUACAUCUCAACUAAGCCUGAUAAAUUUGGCAUAAAGUUCUGGAUUGCUGCAGACUUGGAGACGAAGUAUAUGUGCAACGCCAUUCCAUAUUUAGUAAAGGACCCCAGUCGUCCCAAGGGUGAAAGACUGUCUGAGAAUGUCGUCAUGAAGCUCAUGGAGCCAUUUCUGGGCAUGGGAAGAACUGUCACCAUGGACAACUUCUUCACAUCUAUGGCACUGGCUAACAGACUGCUGAACCAUAACACAACUCUGCUCGGCACAAUCAACAAAAUUAGACGGGAGAUUCCCCCUCCAGCAAAAAGUGCCAAGGGCCACGCUGAAUUGUCCACACAAGUUUAUAAAUCUGGCAGUGCCACACUGACAGUGUAUGUUCCUAGGAAGAACAAGUUGGUCUGCGUUCUCAGCACCAUGCACCAGCAUGUGCUAGUUGGCGAUGAGCGCAAACGGAAACCAAACACUAUUACAGAUCACAACUCCAUGAAGUGUGGUGUCGACAUAAUGGACCAGAUGGCGUGUGUGUAUACGGUACGUGCAGCCACACGCAGGUGGCCCGUUGUCGUAUUUUACAACAUGCUUGACCUAGCAGCGAUGAACGCAUAUGUGUUGUACAGAGCAUGCACCAGGUCCACCGAAAGCAGAAGAGAUUUUAUACAUGGCCUUGCACUGGAACUUCGGCAGCGUUUUAUGCUGGGAAAGGCUAUGACACAAAAGCAACAUCCCUCGCCUGUUCCUGGAAAAACGACGCAGUGUCAGGUGCAGACGCUCUGCACUAGAAACCGCAGCACAAAACAGUUUGGAGUUUGCAACAAGUACACCUGUCGCAAAUGUAGAACUGAGAAAAACUAG